UACCUGACCUGUAGGCACAGAUUUCAUAAGUUGAGUCUGUCUUCCCAACGAGCUCACAAUUCCAAAUCACAGCUUCCAUUCUUGAAAGAGACAGUCAAAAUCAUGUCCAUUCUUCACAAACCACAUUUCAAUCUCACUUUCCUUCGUCAUUUUCACAAACACAAACCCACGAAAUCCCACCUUCGGAAUCCAAUCCCAUUUAUCAAAGACCUUAAAAGCAUCGAUAACCCAGAUGAAGCUCUCACCAUUUACCACGACUAUCUUCAAACCAACCUUUUCAAACACGACUAUCCAUCUUACUCAACUCUCAUUUACAAACUGGCACGUAACAAAGAUUUUACAGCAGUAAAUUCACUUCUUUUUGACCUCCAACGUUACAAUGUCAAAUGUAAAGAACCCCUUUUCAUUGGGUUGAUUCAACAUUAUGGGAAAUGUGGUUUAGUUGAUGAAGCAGUUGAGUUGUUUCAUAAGAUACCGAGUUUUGAUUGUUACCGCUCGUUACAGUCGGUUAAUGCGGUAAUUAAUGUUUUGGUUGAGAAUGGGAGGUUGUGUGAGGGUUUAGAGGUUUUUAAAGGAUGUCCGAAAAUGGGGUUUAAGCCGAAUGUGGUUACGUUUAAUGUUGUGAUCAAAGGGUGGUUAAGAAAAGGGGAAUGGGGUGAAGCACGUAAGGUGUUUGAUGAAAUGCGUGAGAGACAAGUUGAGCCGAGUGUGGCGAGUUAUAAUUGUUUGAUUGGGUUUUGGUGUAAAAAAGGGGAGUUUGUUGAGGGGAAAAGAUUGUUUGAUGAAAUGAUUGAGAAAGGGAAGAAGCCUAAUGCGGCAACGUAUGGUUUGUUGAUGGAGGCGUUGUGUUUGGAAGGAAAGUUUAAGGAAGCGAAGAAAAUGAUGUUUGAUAUGGAGUAUCGAGGUUGUAAGGCGAGGCUAGUUAAUUACGGGGUUUUAAUGAAUGAUCUUGCGAAAAGGGGGGAGUUUGAUGAAGCCAAAGGGUUGUUACUUGAAAUGAAGAAGAGACGAAUUAGGCCCGACGUUGUAAUGUAUGAUAUACUGAUAAACUAUCUAUGCAAGGAAAGCAGAGCUGGAGAAGCUUAUAAGAUAUUGGUCGAGAUGCAGGUUAACGGGUUUGAGCCAAAUGCAGCGACCUAUAGAAUGGUAGUUGACGGUUUUUGUAGGAAUGGAGAAUUUGAGGAGGGUUUGAAGGUUUUGAACGUAAUGUUGACGAGUAGGCAUUGUGCCCGUGUGGAAACUUUUUGUAGUUUGGUUAUGGGGUUGGCUAACAAUGGCAAGAUGGACGAUGCUUUCUUUGUUAUGGAGGAAAUGGUGAAGAGACGAAUGAGCCCUGAUUUGGUGGCAUGGGAAGCAUUAGUUGCAAGCACGUGUGGUGGUGAUAGAAGCGGCAAUUUUCUUGUGGCCGAAUUCGCUACAGUAACUAAAUAGGUUCAAUGUUGUUGAUUGUUAACUCAGUCCUGAAAAUCGGGCCAAUAUUCAAGUGUUCCAGUGACCAUGUGGUUUUAAGUUUGUUCAGUCUUUGUAGAA